GGAUACCACCGGGUGAGGGCCGCGAACUCGCGAGUAGAGCGGGGAGGGUUGGCUUCAGGAGGUGGAGCCUGGGGGCACGGCCGCAGGACGCCCGCCCUCCGGGAGCGGCCACUAACUUGACCCAGCUGGCGUUCACGAGACAGCGGAGUCGCUGUCCCUGCAGCCCCGCCACGCUGCGUCCUUUCAGGCUGCGGCUCCCACCCUGACGCCAGCGCCUUCCCGGAGCAGCUCCUCGCUCGGGAGCCCCGGCUGCGGCCAGGGGCAUGAGGCUCGCCGAGCACCCACGCCGAGGCCAUGCAGACCCGCGAUGGCUGCACAGCUACGCCGCCCCUGUGUAGGGUGAACACAAGACCCGAGGAGUGCUGAAAGGGGCUGGAGGUUUCCAGAGUGGCCUGAGAGGAAGCCUGGUCCCCGCCGCGUCAACAACCCUGCGCCGUUUCCCAAAGGUGAUGUUGACGUCGUCUUAAUCAACACCGCUCGCCUUCAGUCUGCCGAAGCACUCCAGGAUGGGCUGCAUGAAGUCAAAGGAAGCAUUCCCCUUUCCGACCACAUUAGACAUCCACAAGCUACAUGAGAGCGAAGAAGCGUUCAUGCCCGAUGACAGCUGUCAAACCAGGACCCCUUCUCCUCCAGUUAGACCCCAAGUCCAAGAGGAAGUGAAGACCCUCCCGGAGCCCAGUCCCAUGGUCCUCGAGUUUGCAGAGCGUCUGGCCAAUGACAUCGUGCAGGAUGCGCUGCAGCAGUGGGUGUGUGAGAACAUCAAGUACUACAACAUCCCCUACAUCGAGAGCGAGGGCUCUGACACCGCCAUCGCCACCGGGUGAUGGCGUUCCGCUAGGCUCUGGAUGUAGUCGGUGCUAGUUUAAAUACACGAAAGAAGUUUCAAAACCCCACCUGGAUGUACAAUCGCGUCUAUGAUAUUAGUGUAGAGAUGCUUACGGUGACAUCCGAUUUUAGGCAGUUCCCUGUUAACAUCGAUGUGUAUCUGCUCGAGCUUGAAUUUGGGUCACAGGAAGGAGGGGCAGAGGGCUUGUGGCACCCAACAACCAGCUUAGCUGUCUGCCCAAGCAUGUUCUUCCUGAGGCAGUGAUGGCAUAUCACCAAAGAAAACACUGAAUAAAAAGUGCCCAAAUUUCAAAUGGUUAUUUUAAGGGAGCGACUUUAAAAUGACUAUUUCUGUUAAUAUAUACCAAAAGAAAAAGAAAAAGCCCAGACCAUGAAAAGGGGUUUCCUUAAAAUGUCUUGACAAAGAACUGAACUCCAGCCAUAGUGGCCCACAGCCUGUUUGUAUGCCAGGGACUGCCCACUUCCUGACACUGGAACUUAUAAUCAGAGAGUCAGCAGGAAAGGGGGCUGCCUCGGAUGCUCUUACUAGGAAGUUCAUUUAUAGGUGAGAAGGUUAACUGACGCCCUGGGUCUCAGGGUGAUCCCACUGCUUUGCCUGGAUGAUUUAAACUUCGCCUAUGACAGCCAUCUUUCAAGGAUAAUUUAUAGAAGCCAUGACAUUUAGUUUACAGUAUUGAAUUAAGAAGCUCUUUGACACACCUUUUAUCCACUAUGUCUUAAUGACAGAAGUCCAGUCUGCGAGGUGAAAAGCCAAGCCCAGGGUCAUGGCUAAGCGUGGGUAAAGCCUCUGGCAGUGCUGGUGAGGGUGCAGAGCCAGCAUACAGGGGGUUGCAAUCUUCUCCACUAGACAGCAGAACAGAACAUUCCUCCCCAAGGGAGCACCUAUGUGGGGUUUAGCAGUCACAGGGCGCUCUUAGCCACAGAUUAUAGAAAUGUUAUAAAUGAAGCAUUUAUAGUAUAUACAUUAGUAUAUACUGUUUUAUUUAUUUAAAGAACUCAACUAUAGAAAGCUCAUUAGUAACAGAAGCCAUGGGGCAAAGCCAGUGGAAGAAUGGAGCCGAGUGUCCAGGAUUGUCACCAAACUGUGCUAGACACCAAGUCUAACCAGAGUGAGAAUAGGCCCAGCCACACCAGCCCUUCAGCGAUACGGUUUAUCAGCAUCCUUGAAAUCCAAAACCACUGGAGAAAGGCUUUUGGUAUCGCGAAUGAGAUAAAUAGGUACUUGGCUUUGCCAAUAACGAGAAACAUUGCCUCUAGUUGUAAUAAUGUGCUGAAAUCCAAGCCAAAUGGAGUGAAUUCUCCAAGUUUUAGGAGCAAAGAGGCCGUUAAAACAGCCGUUUUUCGGUUUGCUUUCAGAUACCUGGCCAUUCUGCUAAUUUUACUAAGCCCUGGGAAGCGUAGUCCCCCUCCCCCCCCCCCAGCCGUCCCUCCCAGUGCGGAGCCCUUUCCUGAAGGACAGUCUCUAGUUCACAGAGCGGCAGUUUCCAGCGUCUGUGCUGAUGACUCAGGCCACGAGUUUCUCACUCAUCUGGUUUCUCAUAUGAGGUCACCUGUUGCAAGGUUUCCUGUUAUUCAAAAUAUACAAUUAAGUAUAUAGAAUAUGUAUGUUGGUCCUAGCAAGAAGACAUCAUCUACACAGAGAUAACAGCGAGUGGGUUGGGGUUACACGUGAGUACUUUAACUUCAGGUUUCUUCUUUGUUGACCCCUGCCCCCCAGGGUGGAGCAGAGGUGUCUGCCAGGUCACACCUAGCUAGAGGUCUGCUCCCUGCUGCCACCCCCUUUCAGCAAGUACGAACGGUUUUAUCGUGAAGCAAGCACUGUGCCCUCACCUAGCCAGGCUUUAAUGAUAUGGUAUCUUCUAAGAGACCUGUCUUUGUAAUACAUGAGAACUGCACAUCAGCCCAUGAACAAGGAACCACAAAGCUUCGUAGUAGGUGGAUAAACCAUGUGUGAGGAAGGAGUUGAGCACACUUUAUACCACACUGGAUAGUUGUCAGGACAGAGUUUGCCUUAGCGAGACCCCGCCGAUAAGAAAUCAGCCUUCUUUCACGCCUUCGCAUUAAACAUCUGAUCCUCAUUUGAAGUCUUUCAUUAAGGAGGAGAUAAGUGAGAAGGCGGCCCCAUAAGCAGAAAGAUGGCGUACUAGACGGGGCGUGCGGAGCAUCCAUGUAUGGGCGGAGGGAUGCUAUCAGCACAUGGUCGUGGAAGCAGAUCAGUGGAGGAAAUCAACGUGCCAAUCCGCAUUUACUAAGACUCUAAAUGCCACAAAGCGCUUCGCUGUUGUCUCUUUGGUACCGUCACCUUUUGGUAACGGGCCUUUGAUCUAGAACUCUCCCAUCUUAGAUGCCUUAUCAGUUCUUUGCAAACUACCUAGACUUACUAUCACUUAAAGCACAAUUUUCAAGGAGACACACAUGAUUGUCUAAGCCCAAAGGACUUUGUAUCAAAUGUCCCCUAGGCAUUAAAAUAAAUGCACAGAAAUGGCAAGCUAUACAUGUCCUGCUUGGUCCCCACUGGCACUGGUGGGAGGGGACAGAGUACACGUCUACACUUUAUUAUUUUAGAAAUCAGAAGCUAUACAUGGACACAUGAUGUCAAGAAACAGUAAUGUGUAUGUCAGUCUAUACACAUGUAGUAUCUGUGUGAAAUGACGCAGCCAGCCAUGUUUCCCCGCGGAGCCGGAUGUGCUAGCUCUAAAGAAUUCGCUGUCAUUUUAUCUACAAAACUCAUUUUGUUAGCAAAGUCCCUUCUGUAGGAGUUAACUCGGAAGUGAUGUAUUUUCCCAAGAAAAAUGUUGUGAAAAUGUUUUUUGUAAGUAUAAUAAAGUCCAAUUAAAUUAGCUAUCAGUA